AUGGGGCGGCAGGCUGAAGAGCUCAGAGCUUUGAAGGCUGCCGCCUUCAAAGCUCUGAGCUCAAGAGGGGGGGGCUCCACGUCCACGGAGGAGGAGCUCAGGGAUGCUAGGACCCUCGAGAGGAAGAGGAGAAAGAAGAGGACGACGGCCAGACUACCUCCACCUCCCUUCUCGGAGGAAUUCGAAAUGGAGGUAGGACCGGGGAAGGGGACGGCCAGACCGGGCGCACCGAAGCCGCCGAAGUCGGCAGCCAUAACGGUGAGAUGCUCCGAUUGCCACUACCAUGAACUUAUGGCCGAAGCCAGGCGCCGUAUAAAACCAAAGGACCUAGGAAUCGAUGGACCCUUAAGGAUCCAAAGGGCCCUGAGCGGGGCCAUGAUGGUGGAGGUGCCUGGCCUCAAGGCCGGACCUUCCGCCGACCGGCUUGCGGGGGAACUCCGCAAGCUGGCGGCGGAAAAGGACCCCGAUUUUCAGGUCCAGAGACCGGAGAAGGUUGCAGCGUUGCGACUCUUCGGCCUGGACCCGGGGCCUGGAAUCGGGGCCGAAGAGGUAGCGGCCGCGGUAGACUGCGCUGGGGGAUGCACUCCCGCGGAGAUCUCCGCGGGAGGGAUCAACGUCUCCCAGCGGGGCGUGGGGGCAAUGGUGGUGCGGUGUCCGCUGGCGGUGGCCGCGAAGCGGGUCCCGGUAGGGUGGACCCGCGCCGGGGUGACGACGCUGCCGCCUCGCGCACAACUAUGCUUCCGCUGCCUUGUUUGGGGGCAUGUGCGCGAACGCUGCACCAGCACCGUCGACCGCAGCGGUCUAUGCUACUGCUAUGAAGGGGAUGUCUGUCCCGACACCCCUCCGACGAGGGACGGUGUGGAGGGUGUCGGCCCCGACACCCUCCCAACGAGGGACCCACCCGAGAUGACGCCACCGUCGAGGGACCAAGGGGAGGACGGCGAGGUAGCUUCCACCGUCCUCAUGUCGCAGGAGUGGGGGACACAGUACGCGCGGGACACCUCCUCCUCCGACACCAGGAUGGAGACCGCGCCCCUGGGACGCAAGAAGCGGACAGGGACGGAGGACAAGGAGGCAGAAGGAUUCCGACGAGGACCCGGCCCCGAAAAGAAGGGAGAAGAGGCACCUGCACAGGAAGCCACCGACAUUAAGGUCAAUACCCCCUCGGGGGAGACCGGGACGGCUCUGCCGUCCGAGGUCUCCCAUGAGGGGGUGGACGUAGAUAGCCCGGAGGAGGCCAGGGUACUCGGCACCGGCACCCGGGCUCAAGACCUGUUUUGUAACAGGAUCCUAGAGCUGGGUGCCGGACUGGGGGUGGCGACCGAGCCGCACUAUGUGCUACAUACCAGCAAGGGCUGGUUUGGCAGCAGUGACGGCUCGGUCGCCAUGGUGGCAAACCCCGCGGCAGGGACACCUCCCUGUGUACUCAGGGCAAAGGGGUCCUCGUUUGUGGCGGUCGACUGCGGGCCCAUCACGGUGGUGGGAGUGUAUCUCCACCACCGUAAAAAUAAUAAAGGUCUGGGAGACCUCGCCCGCAUUGAGAGGGUCCUCGACAGGAUCGGGGAUUUGGUACGGUGGUGCUAUCCCCGACCCAUCGUGAUUGCCGGGAACUUCAACGCCCACUCGGAAGGAUGGGGAUAUAGUCCCUGGCAAAGGGACUCCAGGGGUGAGGCUCUCAUAGACUGGGCAGUGGGACUCGGCCUCUCGUUGAUAAACGAGGGGUCCGCCAUCACCUGUGUGCGGCUGAACGGGGAGUAA